GAGAUGAAAACUUAAUUUAUCUACAUUUCUGACGAUACGGUUAGUUCACAGUCCCCUUUUUAUACUUGAGCAUAAUAAAUUCAUCAAUCAUUUACAAAUCAUGAUUGACACGACGAUAAUGCAUAUCGUCGUUGGCGUACAAAGGAGGGCCGGCGCCAUCACUCAAUCAAUGUCACACGUAAUGGCGGAACGCGUUCAAUCAUCCCACAUUCCGUCAGUCAGCGCCCGACCGGCAAUGGAGUCGGACGAGUGUUACGAGAGCGUAUCGUCGCCCGGAGCGGAGCAGGAAGAGCCGUAUUGUCCGCCAAUUCACAAUUUGGAACCGGAAAAGGAGUUUAUAUUGCAAUACCAAUCGCUUCCACAGUUAUGGGAUACAUCGGACAUACGCUACAGCAAUAGAUUUGAAAGAUACCAGGCCUUGGCAAAACUUCUACCAAUAUACCAGAAAAUGAAACCUUAUGGAACAAUAGAUGACAUCAAAAAGAAAAUCAAUUCCCUACGCUCUAACUUUCGCAGGGAGCUGAAGAAGUACAUGGCACACGACAAUCCUGGGGGCUAUUAUCCCAAAGUUUGGUACUUCCCGUAUUUAAGUUUUUUAAGAAAAUUGGAAGGUUGUGAUGACAAGGGCGAAAGUACACCAAAAGUGGAUGAAACGGAGAAGCCGGAACAUAUUCAGAUAGAGAGACCAAAAGAGAAGAAAGAAAGUCUACUUCGAUCAUUAUGUACGGAGCCCAAACCACGAAGCUCGCACCCGCCACAGAAAAUGAAAAAGAAAAUAUUACAUCGAGAGCAAAUUCGAACCCACCAUCGCCCUCAACCGUACCAACAUCAGCACCAAUGUCAAAGGAUUUCAAACCCAUUGGCAAUAGAAUGGUCUGAAACUCUAGCGAGACUAGAUCCUCUCCAAAAGUUGUAUGCCAAGAAAGCUAUCAACGACGUCUUGUUUGAAGCUGAAUUAGGAAAUCUACAUAAAAAUUCAGUUCGAAUCAAUGAUGAUACACCCGAAACCUACUCGACACCACAAUCUGAUCCGAUUUCAGUUCAAAACGAUUCAACUACAGAGCAAGACUACAAAUAUCCCAUUGCCUAUUUACAUUGCAAUCUCGAAAAUGAUGGCCAAUCGCCUAAGGAGACUAUAUAUGGUGAUUAGUUAAGGAGUAAAGUGUUUGUUUUCAAUAAUACAUGUUUAAAUUAAUAAU